CUAUUUUAUUGCUUUUUCUUUUUAAAAAAGGCAAGUGAAUAUAUUGUAGUAGCAUAUAUACACAUUUAUAUACUUACCCAUUUUAUUUAUGCAUAUACAUAUACCCGGUUUUAUAUUGGCCAAUAACAUUGGGCAUAUGUAUAUAUGUAUUUAUGUGUAUGAACAUUGAGGUAGUCCUUAAAAGCUCAACUGACGGUUUGUCUUUUCUCGGUGGAUCACUUUUUUCUUAUACCUAUACUACACAUUAUUUUAUGAAAAGUAAAAUUUUAAUUCAUUUAAUGUGCUACUACACAAAAUCCUUAUUUUGUUAAAAUAAAAGAAUAAAAUUAAUUUAUAACUUCGCCAAGAAAGGAAGGGUUUAGGAAAUAGAAAUUAGAAAUUUAUUUUUAGGAACACCGUGACGUAUGUACAUGUGUAUGUUUAUAUACUAAGAAAAAGCGUUUACUUCGAACCAGGACCGAAGCUAUAAUACCCUUCACAAAAGAUUCCUUAGAAGAACUUGAUUUGAAUCAGUCAGUUUGUAUGGCAGCUAUAUGCUAAAGUGACUCGAUCUGAACAACUACUUCGUAGAUUACUUCAUUGCCUUAGACAAUAAUUCAUGACAAAUCUCUUAAAGAUAUGUAUCUCGUUAAAUUAAAAAGUCUUCCAAACAUGCACUUGGUCCAAAAUUGGCAAUUCCGACAAAUGAACAGCUUUUUGGAGAGAAAGGACGUGUGCAAAGUGUCAGAUCGAUGUAUCAAAAAUUGGGGGUCUAGUUCGAGUAUAUAGAGACAGACAGAGAGAGGACGGAUGGUUAAAUUGAAUCAGCUCGUUAUGUUUUUUUAUAUACAUUUUAAGGGUCACUCACGUUUCUUUCUGGGUGUUACAAACUUUGUGCCAAACUUAAUAUACCCUGUUCAGGGUAUAAGAAUGAAUCACAUAUCGAUACUUAUUUAGAUAACAUCUUAUGUAGCUCUUAUAUAGCUACGAUGUAUAUGUAUAUGUGUAAACACGUGCAGAUUUUAUGUAUGUAGGUAUAUAGUAUACAAGAGAAAUUCGAAGAAACGCCCUAGAAAUUCCUUAGACGUUUCUGAGAAAUUGUACGCUGAAUAAUGAGGAAGUUCGAUAUAUGUAUCAUAAAGUGCCUCGAAAAUUCUGAGUAAAACUUUACCCAAUUUUUUAUUUUCUCAAUAAUAGUGUAAUUCUGAAAUUUAAAACCAAUUAUAAUGAAUAUCUAUUUGAAAGCUGAAACGAAUCCAGUAGGUUGGGUAUCAGAUCAACAAUUAAUUCAGUAUCGUCGUUCUCCAUUUGAGUUUCCAUCCACACAAUAUGAAUCGUAUCAAGAAAAUGGAACUAAAUAUCUUAAAAGUUUAAAACCGAUAUCAGACACUCUUCAAGACGAGCUAAACGCAUGCACAGGCGAGAUCUUUCUUAGUGGCAUACCGCCGCAAAUUCCUGCAGAAUCGGUUGCCGAAAUCGCUGCGCUAAUAGGUGAGAUAUAUAUACUGAGAUACAAAGUUACUUUCUCUGGGAACUCUCGAGGCUUUGCUUAUCUUCAAUACAUCAAUCACACACUCAUGCAGCUGGCUAUAAUUCGCUUGCCUGCUCUUUUUCGACAGCACUCACUACCUAUGAUUCGCGUACGCCAAUCACGAAACUCUUCAAAACUUUUACUGAAGAAAACUUAUUGCAUUUCCCCGCAGAAUAUUUAUGAAAUGUUGCAUAAUCUAAUCACGUUUGACAAGUUAGUCGGACGAGAAGUAUUCCCUGGUUAUUUUGAAUAUCAAAUAAUAUUUAAAUGCAAUGAAGAGGCAGUUCAUGCCCGACGUGAUCUCUUACGCACUAUUUCCAAAUUUGGAAAAAAUGCUAUAGUGGUUUGGGAUACUAGUAGUGAAGAAACCGAUUUUACAAAAGAUUUCGUUAGGUACGAAAGUAGCAUCAAUGCAGAAAAGAAGUACUCUACUAUUUUCAACCAAGAGGCACUCAGUACUCUGAAUCAAUGAUCGCCGAAAGUGGAUUCCUUUAACUUUAACGAAGUUGAUAAAAGAAAAUGUAUUAUCAAGAAAUCUGAUUACUGAAGCAUAUUUGUGUGCAUACUUUGAAAUGAUACCUUAAAUUAUAGCUCUAUUAUGAAUUAUUAUACAUGCAUGUGUAUAUUGUUGAGCUCAAUGAAUAAUAUUGUAUGAAUAUUUUUUGUUUGUAAUAAAUUGUGAAUUGCGGGUAUA